AUGGCUUCCAAUGAGUGCUUGAGGCUGGAGGUUGUGGCAGCUGCAGGUUGGAAGUUUGAGUUUGGAGCUUCAGCCAGGGUGAUCAAGGUUGUUUGCAAUGACCGUCUGGGGAAGAAGGUCAGUGUUAAAUGCAACAUCGAUGACACCAUUGGGGACCUUAGGAAGCUGAUUGCAGCCCAAACUGGCACCUGUUGGAACAAGAUUGUCCUGAAGAAGUGGUACGUGAUUUUAAAGGACCAUGUGUCUCUGCGGGACUAUGAAAUCCAUGAUGGAAUGAACUUGGAGCUUUAUUACCAAUAG